CUUGGACAGAACAUGUUAAAUAUAAUUGGUGAUACCGGUGCUUAGCCUAAUAAUCUUCCAGAUUUAUUGCAUAACACGAAAGAGAAAAUUGAAGAAUCGUGUCGAGAAGAUUUUGAGAGAAAGAUCGAAACUAUUCGAUUGUUUACAAAGAGAAUACGAUAAGUGAGGGUCACUAGAAUAUAAUUUGAUAAACAGGCAAUAGCGGAAACAUUGCAAUAAAACAUUAGAGUUAGUCAAGCUGACAUGCGGGGCACUAACGAGGGCUUUUGACAGUUAACAUCGACGAUAUGGAUUACAAGGUGCCUGAUCGCGAGGGGCAAUUUCAAUUAGAGCGUCCUACGUCAUCAGCGUCCGUAAACGGUUCAAUAAGAAAUGAAACAUUACGCUGUUCGGAUUGCAGACGGAAGCGAUUAAAUGAAUUACAGAAUAAAUGUAGGAAAAUAUUUCCCAUUGACACUAGGAUGCGAAAUCAAUCACGUAUUCCUUUCAACACCGAGGAAUUGCCAGACAGACCGUCAACAGCGCGUUCAUUUAGCAGAAGUUCGAACAAUGGCGAUGAUGUAGCGUCCGUUGCUGAAAUGGAACGUAAAUCAGACAUCACAAGUGUAGCAAGCCUAUGUGAUUGGUCACCCAUGCGAGAUAAUCCCACAAAAAGACUCUCAAAGCCGAGUAGGUUAACGACAGGCAGGAAUAAAUACCUAAAGCCCCGAUCAUUGACGAAAGGGGAACAAGAAAUUAUUGUCGGUAUAUGCUCAAAUCGAGGCUUGAAAGACAAAACUAUGGCAGGAUCGUCGUCCAUUACGUCACAUAAGGACGCGUGGAAUUAUCACAAAAAAUCUUCAAAAACACAUCCAUUAGUUAAGCUUCAUGAGAAUGAGAGUGUAGUUUUCGAAGAUGAUAGUACGGAUUAUGGAAUUCAAAGCCACUACCAAGAGUGCCGAGUGUGCACCAAUCAGAGCAAAUAUUAUUGCGCCGAUUGUGGUAAACUCACAGCAAAAGUAUUGACCGAGGAGGAACGUUUGUCAAGAAACUGUGGUACCACUCCGCCGAGUAGUCCAACUGAAGGAGGUUCAAAAAACUUAAAUUCGAAACAAAUAAUUCCGCCAAUCAAAUCUUCUGCUGGAGCGACAUAUGUCAAAAGAACGCAUCACAAGCGAAAUAAUAAUUCGUCAAAAAUGGCUGUUAAAACUACUAUGAACAUAUUUUUGCCUAAGCUAGAUAGUACAAGUGAUACCAAUGACCCUAAUGUAGUAAUAGAAGAGGAUAGUUUAGAACCCCCUGUCAACUCACCGUCUAUUGAUGACCUCACUUCAAAAUAUAGUCUCAAAGACAACAUGAAUAUGUAUCGUUAUAAAAUCGAUUCCGAUGAUUGUGGUAGACCAAACCCAAACGAUAAAAGUAUUUUUGUUUGGAAUCCCAUGGAUGUUGACUGGGAAAGUUUCUCGAUGUCUGGUCGAAGGCCGAACUCUUUAGACACAAAGCGGUAUUUAAUGCAGAACCGGAAACGCCAUCAGUUCGGUGCAAGUAGCGUCCCUGUGCAACGCGGUGACAGGAAUGAGUUGAACACUGAACUGACUGAAAUGGUGAAAACAUCUUCCGCCCCUGUCGUUAAACAGUAUAUAAUGAAUGACCAGAUAGUGAGAAAAGAUGCUUCUGCUGCCAUGAAAGAGUCGGAAAGACCAAAUACACCAUCAAGUAUAGAAAGACAAACUGGACAUGUCGCACUAGCGAUAUUCAAACAAUCUAAGAAGAGACAAAAUGAAACCAAUGCUAAAGCUUUGCAGCAAUCCACUGCUAAUGAGUUAGUAAAAACGAAAACGUUGUAUUUUCAGGAUCCAUUUGCUACGCAAUCUGGUAUUGGCACCAGGUCUCAGACUCUACCCUAAACGCAUGACUGUAGAGCUAGGAACACAAGAAGUUGUUACAGAAAUGUAGAUCUAAACUUAUUUAGCACGUGCUCAAUGACUGGCCGUAGAAGACUUAGAGAAAUAUUUGCAAUUAAAACAGUGCAAUAGAAAUACUGCAAGUGAUCAACCCAAGUGAUUAAUCGUA